AUGAACACGGCAUGGCGAGCGUCCGCUAGUGGACCGACGGCUCCAGCGUACACUCCCGUCCAGGCACGGCGGACUCUGGCUCGCAACUCAUCUCACGCAGUUUCUUCUUCCAUGACUACUAUGGCUACUAUGACAACGACUACGACCACGACUAUGGCUCCCUCUGCAACUUCAACAGAGUCGAGGAAGCGGGUGGAGUGGCCCCCGGCGGUGCGAGACUACGUCCAGCGGUGCUUUGUGCCCGAACAGCAGAUACCCGGCAUCACUCGCUCAGAGAUGGAGGCCAAGCUGAAGCAGGUCAUCACCGGCGCCGCAGAGACGAACCACCUCGAGUCCAUCGACUGGGCCAGCCUGCCCUUACCACAACAGAUGAUCCAGACCGAACGUAGCGCCGCCCUGACAUCCGUCACCAACCAACUGUCCUUCCUGCAGCCGGCCAGGACCUCGCCCAAGAGGAAGUCGACAGAUAUCUCAACAGACGUCUCCGCAGGAACACAGCUCGACAGCAGUAAAUCCCAGGCAAAGGCAGAAGCAGCAGCAGCAACAAUAACAACAACAACAGCUUACCAGGAAGUACCGCCGUGGAGGACGCACUCGGAGGACAAGCGCAGACGCCUGGAGAAUGACGGGUUAAACACCAGAGCUCCAGCCGGCACGCGGGGGCCCAUCGUCGGCCGCAGCACGGAGCUGGAGAAGCGGUACCUGCGCCUGACCGCGGCCCCGAACCCGGACAACGUACGCCCGCUGGCCGUGCUGCGCAAGACGCUCGACCUGCUCAAGCGGCGGUGGAAGCAGGAGAACAACUACGGCUACAUCUGCGACCAGUUCAAGUCGAUGCGGGCAGGACCUGACGGUGCAGCACAUCAAGAACGACUUCACGGUGCUGGUUGCCAGACGCAGCUGCAGGGCCUGUACGCGCUGAACCUGGGCGGCGGCCAUCCGAUGGAGUUCAAAGCGUAUCGUAUUCUCUAUUUCAUCUACACCCGCAACCAGACGGCGAUCAAUAGCGCCCUGUCAGAUCUAACCGCUGCAGAGAAGGCUGACCCGGCCCUUUAUCUUGACACCCCUAACAUGGGCGCCUAUCUCAUGGACAUGUUUGUCGACCGCGAGCGUCUCGCCGCCCCUAGCAUGUAUUUGUACAAACCAGAUGUGAAUAUCAGGUUCAUCACGGAAGAGCUGGGCUUCGAGUCCGACGAGCAGAGCGCCCGCUUCGUGCUGGACCAUGUCUCCGAGCACCUGCUGCAGGAAACGCAGGACGGCGUCAAGCUGCUGACGGGCAAGUGCGGUGCUGCCUUUGAGGCCGCCAAGCAGCAGGCCUUCCGUCGCAUCGACAUCAAGGGGCAGAUAUAA